AUGCGGCCGCAUCCUAGCAACAGGACAGAGGUUCCCCCUGGGUUGCCUCCAUCACUCUUCGCGCAAGUUAUACAACCGCAACACUAUAAGCAACAGUCGCUCUAUGAGGCUCAUCUGGAAGGUCAGCCUUCCACGCCUAGCUACCCUUACAUCCCUUCCCAAAAUGAUAGCGCGCAGUUAGAAAAUUUAACCCGUCAGUUGGAUAGUGCCCGACAAACAGCGUCAAAUCUUUCCAAGGAAAAUGCAAAGCUUAAGAAUGAUUUCCAAAACGAGCAGAGACGGUUAUUUGCCGAUAAUGAAAAACUUAAGAGAAGCUUAGUGGAAGCACAGACUGAAAGAGAAAAUGGCCAGGAUGCGCUUGAUAAGAUGUUGAUGGAUUUGAUGACGACACAGCAGGAACUGGAAGAGAAGACUUUGAUUCUUGCACAAAAGGAAGCCGAUAACUCGUCAGCAGUUUUGAUGAAGGAGAAGGAGGAUGAAUGGCGGGAGAAGGAGCAGCACAUGAUGUCAUUGCUCGCGUCUAAAGAAAUGGCGGUUUCGCAGCUGGAAACUCAGCAACGCGAGUCCCAGCAGAUGAUGGCACAGCAAACGAUUUCCCAACAAGAGGUAGAGGAAUUACGCAUGUCACUUGCGGCGAAAGAUGAUAUGAUCUCGCACAUGCAAGCCACGCGACAUCAAUACCAAGAACUCGAAUCGAAAUAUAACGCUCUAGCACAGAAAACACAAUUGCUAAACGAGCUACUUGCAGCAAAAGACGCCAGAAACACACAAAUAAGCUCCAAAAUAACCACAUCAAAAGCAUCUCCAAAGGAUCCCUCCCAUCAAGACCCAGACAACGAAGUCAGACGAUUAAUCGAAUCGCAGGCCGCGGAGCUAGAACAAUCACGGCCUAUGCUAAACUUCUUCAAGAAGAAUAGCGAGGGUUUGUCUAGAGAGGUUAAGGACUUAGGGGCGAAGGUGAGGGAAUUGCAGGAUGAUCUGAUGAGUAAGGAUCAGGAGAUUGAGGGGUUCAAGGCGAGGGCGAGGGGGUUUGGUGACCGUGAGGGCUCUUGGGGGGGGAGAUGA